CUCGCUCGCUGUCUCUGUGUCUAUUUCCGUUGCCGUCGUCUUCGUUUUCCCGUGCCCUUUCGUUUGCGUUUUGGGCUGAGAAUCGGAGGGACUCUGUGGGGGAGCUCUAGGGUUUUCAGAUGUGGGAAAUCGAGUCGUGACGUCCAUGAAUUACGCGCUCCUCAAGUUCCGGGUCCGGAUCCUGCACUCCUUCUCGGUGGUGUUCCUGUACUGGUUCUACGUGUUCUCAUGAGCCCGUCUCUACCCGAUUGAUCGCCAUCCCUUACCUCCCUUUGAUUCGAUCGGAAAUCGUCGUUGUCCGAGAAAGCGAAAUCGAAGUAAUUCCCGAUACGCGCGGAUACCCUUUGAUUAGUCGGUUCUGAAUUUGGGUGAUUUGCUCGAGGCGGGAAGGCCCCUUGAAGAAAUGGGUUCGGUUCGGCGCCGGGCGAGCUCGGGAUCCGAUAGCGACCCGAGGUGCGGGCCGGCCAAUGAUAGGAAGAGGAAGAGGAUGGAGUCCAACAGGGAAUCCGCCAGGCGCUCGCGGAUGAGGAAGCAGAAGCAGAUGGAGGAUUUGGUCGGGGAAUUGGGGCAACUGCAGCAGGCUAACGUUCAGCUCGCGGCGAGCAUCAAUGCCGCCGCGCAGAAGUAUGCCGAGGUCGAGUCGGCGAACAAUGUCCUUAGGGCCCAGGCUGUGGAACUUGCUGAUAGGCUCCGGUCCCUGAACUCGGUGCUCGAGAUCGUGCAGGUGGUCAGUGGGCUCGCGGUUGAUAUACCUGAGGUACCUGACCCGUUGAUGAAGCCCUGGCAGUUUUCCUGUCCGAUACAACCCAUCAUGGCAUCUGCAGACAUGUUUGAGUGCUGAUGUAUCAUUCGCCGUCGAAUUUUAGAGUCUCUUUACCUCUGUGGUUGGUUGUGGUUGGUGCUUAGAUUGUCCAAUGUCUAUAAUGUUCAUACUUAGUCUUGUUGGCAGUAGUAAAAUGUCGGUAUCGUGUCUCGGACUGGAUCGGCUCUCUGUUGUAUCAGUGGGUCGUAUUCGCCCUAAUUAGCUUAGCUUUCGAAAUUUCCAUGAUGUUGAAUGGUUGUAAGAAACCUAUAUUUGCAGUCUGUGGACGAGUCAUGUUGCGAUUCUGUAACCCCGUGCCUCUUUCAGCAGGAUAUAAUUUCUGAGUUUUUCA